AUGACACCGAAGACACGUGUCUUCAUUUCGGAGUAUUUCAGAAAUGUCCCAUCAGCGAAUAUAUUUUCAAGACCUGGAGGUGGGUUUCUCUCAGAUGUUGUGGCUAGGAGGUUUGGGAUGAGGGGUAGGCUUUGGACCUUGUGGAUAGUGCAGACCUUUGGAGGUCUGUUUUGUAUUUUGCUGGGGAAAGUGGGAACUUUAAGUGCCUCCAUUGCUGUUAUGCUUGUGUUCUCUGCGUUUGUUCAGGCGGCUUGUGGCCUUACGUUUGGGGUUGUUCCUUUUGUUUCGCGAAGGUCAUUGGGUGUGGUUUCUGGCAUGACAGGAGGUGGUGGAAAUGUAGGAGCAGUUCUAACCCAAGUAAUUUUCUUCAGAGGUUCAAGAUACUCAACAGAGACAGGGAUUACUCUGAUGGGUGUGAUGAUGAUAUGCUGUACAAUCCCAUUAUUUUUUAUAUACUUCCCACAAUGGGGAGGCAUGUUUUGUGGUCCAUCAUCAUCUGUGGCCACAACAGAGCAGGACUACUACGUGUCCGAAUGGAAUUCAACAGAAAAACAGAGAGGUUUUCACCAGGCAAACUUGAAGUUUGCUGAGAAUAGCAGAGGUGAGAGAGGGAAGAGGGUGGGCUCUGCCUCCACAUCCAUACCCUCAGAUGAGACUCCACCUACAAAUGCCUGA